GGGCGGGGCCGCGUCACGUGGCGCGCAGGGGGCGCGCGGCGGGCCUCGGGACGGUUCGCGGCCCGGCCCCGCGCGGGGGAGCGGCGGCGGCAGUGGCUGCGGCAGCAGGCUGCCUCCUGGAGCGGGGCCGUCGGAGACUGCAUGGAGACCCCGCAGAGAAGACUUCCUCCAGGUGAGCGGGGGUCGGUGGCCGCCGGCUCCCGGUGACUUGGAGCUUUCCCUGCGGCGACCGCACGCGCCGAGAUGGGGAAUCCAGGUCUGCCGCUGCCCGCAGAGUGAGCGGCAGGCAACGGACUGAGGGCUGCCCCGCAAAAGAUGGACCCCUGUGAAGAUCUGGAAAGGUCCAGCCAUAAGUCUCUGGACUCCAGGGAGACCGGGCCUCCGGAACUUGAAGGAACACGGGCCUGCGACCCUGAGGCCCUGGGGAAAGGACACGAGGAGAUGUGGAGCCAGAAGUACCACCUGCAGAGCCCACGCGCGGAGAGCAGCAACAGGGAACGGCAAGAUCGAAACAGAGUUUCCGAAGAGCUUAUAAUGGUUGUCCAAGAAAUGAAAAAAUAUUUCCCAUCAGAGAGACCCAAUAAGCCGAGCACUCUAGACGCCCUCAACUAUGCCCUUCGUUGUGUACACAGUGUGCAAGCAAACAGUGAGUUUUUCCAGAUUCUCCGUCCAGAUGGAGCACCUCGAGCAGAUGUGACCACGUACAGUCUUGAGGAACUGAGCACGGUUGCUUCAGAACACGCUUCCAAAAACACAGAUACCUUUGUGGCAGUGUUUUCAUUUCUGUCUGGAAGGUUAGUGCACGUUUCUGAACAGGCCACUUCGAUCCUGAACUGUAAGAACGAUUUCUUGGAGUCCUCGCACUUUGUUGAACUGCUCGCCCCUCAAGAUGUGAGGGUGUUCUGUGCACACACUGUCCACGCUCAGCUUCCCUUCUGGAACAGCUGGACCCAAAGAGCAGCAUCUCAGUACGAAUUCGCUCUGGUGAAAUCCUUUUUCUGCAGGAUCCGAGGGGGCGAAGUCAGAGAGCAAGAGAAGCGUUACUACCCAUUCCGGAUUAUUCCCUAUUUGAUGCGCGUACAUGUCUCUACCCAGCGGGAACCUGAGUUGUGCUGUCUCACCCUGGUGGAGAAAGUUCGCUCUGGUUAUGAAGCUCCUCAAAUCCCGAUGGAUAAAAGAAUUUUUACCACAACACACACCCCAGGGUGUGUUUUUCUUGAAACAGACGAAAGAGCGGUGUGUCUGCCGGGUUACCUACCUCAGGAUCUGCUGGGGACAUCCAUCUUGGCGUACGUGCACCCCGAAGACCGUCCUCUCAUGGUUGCCAUACACCAAAAAGUCUUGAAGUAUGCAGGCCACCCUCCCUUUGAACACUCACCCAUUUGAUUCCGUACCCAAAAUGGAGAUUACGUCAUAUUGGACUCCAGCUGGUCCAGCUUCGUGAACCCGUGGAGCCAGAAGGUUUCUUUCAUCAUCGGUCGGCAUAAAGUUCGAACGAGUCCGCCGAGUGAGGAUGUUUUCGCGACCCAAAUAAAAAAGACGAACCAUAAUGACAAAGAUGUAACAGAAUUGCAAGAACAAAUUCACAAACUUCUCUUACAGCCUCGGGCCGGAAGCAUGGAGCUUCACACACCGCACGUAGGAUUUCGGAAGCGUCCACCUUCGCGUUCGGUGAUCUCAGACACACUCUCGGGUGCCAGCCGCUGUGCGGGAGCCCGGGCGGCAGCGCCUCGCGGGAGCAGCGCGUCGGGAGCGCGUCGUCUGGUGACGCCGGCGGACCCCGCGCCGCGCACGCGCACCGGGAGCCGGUACGUGAGCCACGUCGCGUCUGCGCAGGCGCGCCCUCCACCCUCUGCGUCCUCGGAGCGCGUGUGCGCCGCUCCUGCACCUCAGCGCCUCUGUGUUCUCAGCCGCCAUGUCCUCAGAGAACCGGAAGUUACGUGUGUUUUGUUCGUGUAUCUUUUAAUGUACAUGUUUAUAAUUUCUGAAGCACCUUCUCUCAUUCUUUUCCCUCAGCUGACUUUGCAGCUAAACAAAAUUAAGAAUCUCGGUCAGCAGCUCUACAUUGAGUCAAUGACCAAGUCACCAGAUAAGCAAGUGACGGCGAUGUGCACAGGACGGCUUGGCGAUGAGCAGAAGGUCUCUUCUGCCUUCCAGACGUUGAAAGACGAUAGCAUGCAUGUGGAGUCUAGUGAAGAUUGGAGAAAAGACCAGCAUAGCCCAUCUUAUCAGCAAAUAAACUGCAUUGACAGUGUUAUCAGAUACCUGAGGAGCUGCGACGUUCCGGCUUUGAAAAGGAAGAGCGCGUCCUCUUCAUCCUCGGAAGACAGACAGAACCACAAGGCAAAUGAUGCCCAGACCUUGCACGGUGACGCGAGUGCCCUCCUGGCCAGCCAGAGGAUGGGUACAGAGCCAUCCCUUUCUGGUUUUCCUUCAAGGUUUGGUCUCUACUUAUUUCGUGAAUCACCAACAAUCCUGGUUUCCUAUUGCUCCUUAAUGGCCAGUUAUAAACACCUGCAAACUUGUUCACUGUCGGUUUCUCUCAUGCCCCCAGCUGCGCCUCAGACCCCAGCCACAGCUCACUUGGAGACGUCUACUGCCAGGCGGUCUGCAGACGCUGCAGGACGCGCCCCCCGGAGCCUGUCCCCGGCGGCGCUGAGCCUGGGCUCUGGCACGAGCCAGUGUAGCUACGGCAGCACCGUUGUCCACGCCCCGCCGCCAGAGUCAGCAGAAGCGACUCUGGCAGAGGAUGCUGUCCCAGCGUGUGAGCCCUGGACCCCGUGCUCACACCCAGGUCCGCGGACCUCAGAAGAAUUUCAACAUGUAGGGCUCACAAAAGCCAUGCUGUCAGCCCACGCACAGAAUGAGGAACAGAAUUAUGUUGAUAAAUUCCGAGAAAAGAUCCUGUCAUCGCCCUACAGAGCCUGUCUUCCGCAAGAAAGCAGAAGCAAAGCUAAACAUUUGUACGUUCAAGGAGGCUCCGCUUCCAAGCAGAGCAGCACGGCCGGCGGCAAGAAGGGGAAGCACAAGGGGAAGAAGCUGCCACAGCUGCCGGGCAGCAGUGGCACUAAGGACGCCUUCUGUCCCCACUUGCGAGGGGACGUCCAGGACACACAGCCCUGGGGCCCCUCCCCCGCCUCCUCUCCGUGGGCCUCCGGCCUGUCGUUCCCCGCUCCUUCCCCCAUCCCGGCCCUGCCCCGUGGGGGAGGAGGUCACGUGGCAGCAGUGGCUCCGUUCGAAUGUCUGUCUGAGCCACGUUUGCCCAACUGCUUGCAGUCUUUUCCUGCCCCCCCUCCUCUCUACUUAGAUACUUUGAUGACCAUUUUCCUGCACGAACCCCCUGUCUGUCCCCUUUUGUCACCAUCCUUCCCCCCAUAUCCGUUCUUGGGAGCACCAGACUCUUCCGAAAUUCCACCCUCAGCAUCAGCAGUGGCUGCCAGGCUGGAACCCCCGUGGUCGGUCCUCAGCCGAAGGCGAGCUGAGGGGAAAUGGGAGACACCGCGUGAAGAGCACGCACUCACUACCUCAAGGAGCAGCUCACCACUGUGGCUCAACUUACUGCAGGAAGAAGACACGCUCAGAUCCUGCAGAUCUUCAGAUCAGAUGAGAAGGGGUAUUUGCCCAGAAGCCAAGGAUCGUGUCGUAGGCAACAGCGGGAAUAAGAACAGUUACACGGCAUUACUUCACGAGGAGUCUCCUUCCAGAACAGGUUCUGCAGCAUCAGGAAGCAGUGACCACAGUAUAUACUCCACUAGUGGUGAUUAUUCUUCUGAAAUCACCUCAGAGGGACAGCAGUCUCAGGAUGUACAGAAGAAAGAAACAUUUCCCGGUUUUGCUGAAGAGUCCAUGUGGAGAAUGAUAAAACAGACACCUGAGUGCAUUCUAAUGACAUAUCAGGUACCUGAGAGGGUGAAAGAGACCGUGCUGAAAGGGGACCUGGAGAGGCUGGUGGGCAUGCGGCCGCAGCAACCCCAGUUUUCACGCGCGCAGAGGGAGGAGCUGGCCAAGGUGCACUCUUGGAUUCAGAGUCAGGCUGUCCCCGAGAUAGACAUCCAGGGCUGUGUCACCUGCGAAAGCAAAGAUUCCCUUGGUGACGCCGCAGAGUCCUGUGGUCAAGCUCCAGCAGUAAACGGCAGUUGAGUGGCCACGGAGAUGGCACCUGCCGGACAAGCAGACCUCUUGGUGUGUCUCUUUAACCCCUGACUCCUACAUGGCCAUGAAGCUAUCAGUGAAUGUGAAGGUUUUCCCUUCUGGACUUUUUAACAGGCAUCAUUUUUCUGAAACAGACGUUGUAUAUACCGUCUUUCAUUCCUGUGUUCCUGGUGUAUUAAAGCUGUCAGUCAGCUUCUCUUUCUGGUUGGCCGUCCUCUGAGCAGAUUGGAUGGCCUCUAGAGAGGUGUGUGCACAGCGAAACUUGACUUCGGGUGUCACCCAAAAUGGAUGGUAGUUAGAAGUAUGGCUAGAAGUAGCCCCGAACGUUAGCCUCGUUUAUUUCGUUCUGUUGUUACGUGGAUCAUUUUCCUGUGGGAGGACGUAGGAUGUCCCACCUGCAGGCCAUAUACUGUUCGGAAUGGUUUCCAUAAGUUGCGUACUUUCAUGCGGCCUGUGCACAACUUGGUGCUUCCCCCCGAGAUCAAGAGGAGACGUUCUGCUUCCUCACGACGCCAAGUCACUUCAGUAUUUACCAGUGUUAGAAAAUAUCGCCCAUCAGUACACUGGGAAUAGCUGGCUUUUAGGUUUGGAUUCUGAGCUUUAUUCCUAUAGGUGCCUUUCCUUUUAAUUUUCCACCUUCCACUGAAAUUCCCAAAGUCUUAUCUUAAAAACCAGUCUACUUACAAUGAGCUUAUUCCUUGGAGUUAAGUUAGCUUUUGCAUGUGUAACAUUAAAACAGAAAG